AUGAUUGGAGUUAAUGCUGUUCCCAUUGAUGGCUCACCUUUUGCAAGGGUUGACAAAAUCUGCAAGGUAGACUUAGACGUAAUAAGUAUGAGUGAUAAACUAGGGUUUCUUAAUAACAAAUUCGAAAUCCUUGGUGGUGAGGCGAUGGCUUCAUCGAAGAUCAAUCCUCAGGUAUCUGUUCUUGGACAGGAAGGUAGUUAUUCAGCCCAAUCUCAAUCUGAUUGUAGGGUUAACCCCCAAGAUCUGGCAAAUCAGCAUACCGAUGGAAGGGCUAUUUCGAACGAUUCUCAGAAAUCGAAGAUGGAAGAAGCCUCCGUCGAUGGUCCUCAUCUGGUGGAUCAACUGGUAAAUCGCAAAGGUACUCCUCGUUGGUCAGAUCGUAGUGAGAAUGAGCCUUCUGUGUUCCAUAGGCUUCCCGAUAGCCUGGACAUAGCAAGGAAUAAAGGUGAUGGGAAGUCUCGUGAGGUUAUGGAGGGUGAUUCAAGUCAGCCGUCUGACAAUGUGAGGAAAAAUCUACAAGCCAUUCUGGGUCAGGAAGAACACAGGGAGGAUAUCUCAUUUGGUGAUAAUCUAGAUCGUGGAGGGGCUAAUAUUCGAGGGGGUAGAGGAAAUAGAGGACGUGGUGGAGGUAGGGGAUCUGGAAAUCACUCGGGGAAAUCGUGGGCUGAAAUCACAAAUUCGGCUACAAGAUCGCAAGUCUCUCUCAGGUACUUCCCUCCUACUGUUAAGGACGACUUUAUCAGCGUUGAUCUGCCUCCUAGACCUAAUCCCCUUCAAAAGUGGGACUCUUGUUUGGUGGGUUAUUUCUUAGGGAAAGGGGUUAACUUCAACUACAUGAAGAAUAGUGCAUUUAGCAUGUGGAAGAAUAAGGGUCUUAAAGAAGUUUUAGCUAAUGGUGAGGGCUUUAUUUUCUUCAUUUUUGAUAACCCUGAGUGCUGCUUUGAAGUCCUGGAGGGAGGUCCUUGGUACAUUGGGGGCUUCAAUAUUAUUCUGAAAAAAUGGAAACGUAUGAUGAAACUAUCGAAGGAUAAGGUGACUAAAGUACCAGUCUGGGUUAGGUUCUAUAAUAUUCCUUUAGAAUAUUGGGAUGAUGAUGGCCUUGGUAGGAUUACUAGUGCUGUUGGUAACCCGUUGUUCACGGAUCAGCUCACUGCUACUGGGGGUCUUCCUGCUAAAUGUGAACAUUGUGUAGCUUUUGGCCAUGACACUACUAGAUGUGUUACUACUCAAGUGGCUAAACUGGUGUCUCUCCAGAAAGAAACAGAAGAAAAUCCUACUGAGCCUGGCUGGACCACUAUUAUGGCUAAAGGGAAGAUGCAAGUUGGAGUUAUUGCUGGAGAUGAGGCAAUUCCUGUGCCUCAGGGAACUCAUGGGACAAAUGAAGAGGAAGGUCUGACUUCUAAUUUGCAAGGGGAGGUUCCAUUACCUGACCAAAUUGAAGCUACUGAUGAGGAAUUACUGGUGAAUAGGGAAACCGAUCAAACUAAAAAUUCUGACUCAGUAGCAGAGGGCAACAGGCCUGCUGCUUCUCAGAAUCUUGCUGGUUCUUCUGCUGAUACCGGGGAAGAUGUUCCCUACAUUGAGGGCCUGCAAGAGCUAAAGAACAACUUGGCAGAUGUUAUAAGCCUUAUCAUCCCUCAAGACCCAGCAUUGCUGGAGGAAGUACAGAAGUUCAAGGAUUCAACUCCUGGUAGUCCUCAGGCUAAUCCUGUGCCCAAUCAACCAACUCCAGCAAAAGGUAAAUCCUCUGGCAAGAGCAGCAGUAGCCAGAGGAAAAAGAAGAGAGGGUUGAAUGAUCCCUCUAAACAGAGAGAGUUAAAAAAUUUUGUGGUUAAAGAAGAUAUUAAAGUCAUGGGUAUUUUGGAGACCAAAAUAAAAGCUCUAUCUGCCUCUGAUCAACAUAUUUUUUGUAAGAUUACUGAUCUAGCUCAGGCCUCUACUUUCCUUGCCUGUUUUGUGUAUGCUGACAAUAACUACCCUUUGAGAAGGGUCUUUUGUGAAACCAUGAAGGAGGAAUUUAAUUCUUAUAUUCUUGCCUCUGAGCUUGGCGAUUUGUCAUAUUCUGGCUGCCAAUUUACUUGGGCUAACAAGAGGGAUUGUGGGGAGUAUAUUGCUACUAAAAUUGAUAGAGUUUUAGUUAAUGAGUCUUGGCUGGAUAAAUUUCCCAACUCUACUGCUAUUUUUCUUCCUUCUACUAUUUCUGACCACUCUCCUGCUGUUGUGACUGUUUCUGAUGCUGUCUCCUCUUAUAAGAAACCUUUUAAGUUCUUUAAUUUCUGGUCCAAACAUAAGGACUUUCUUUCCCUGGUUUCUAAUGAGUGGAGUCAGUACAUUCAGGGUGUUCCCAUGUUUAGGGUCUGCCAAAAGCUUAGAAAUUUGAAACCUGGGUUGAGAGACCUAAACAAGAAAGAUUUUAGUGACAUAUCUACCAGAGUCCUUGUUGCUAAGUCAGACCUUGAAUCUGUUCAAUGUAAAUUGGACAAGGAUCCGAGCAAUCUGAUUUUGCAGAGUCUUGAGAGAACUAACCACAGGCAUUAUAUGGAUUUAUGUGCUGUGGAGGAGAGUCUUGCUCAUCAAAAAUCCAGGGUUGAUUGGUUGGGUCUGGGGGAUAGGAAUACCAAGUUCUUUUUUAGAUCUGUUAAGAGCAAUAUUAACAGAAGCAAAAUCCUUAGCAUUGAGUUGGAUAAUGGUAGCACAUCGUCUAAGCCUGAAGACAUUCAUCAAUCCUUCAUUAGUUUUUUCACAAAUCUUUUUGGUACCCCGCUCAAGGACCAGUACAAUGGUUUUGAAAGGAUAAAUUCUCUGGUCCAGUCUAGAGUCUCUGUGGAACAAUCUAUAAAGCUUGGUAGUCCUGUCUCUGAUAAAGAGAUUAAGGAUGUUGUUUGGUCUCUUAAGGCUAAUAAAGCCCCUGGCCCGGAUGGUUUUACGGGUAGUUUUUUUAAGGCCUCGUGGGACAUUGUUGGGAAGGAGGUUCCUAAUCCUUUGAGAGCGAGUGACUUUAGGCCUAUUUCUUGUUGCAACACAAUCUAUAAGUGCAUAGCUAAGAUUAUUGCUAACAGAAUUAAGGCUGUCCUCCCUGAUUUGAUUGACCCUGUUCAAUCUGCUUUUGUGCAAGGCUAUGGCCUUUCCACUCUCUAUGAUUUCCUGGAUUAA